AUGAAAGUGGGGCGUUUAACCGGAAAACGGAAUGCGAAGAAGGAGAACAACGUGAUAUACGACGAUCAAGCUUCAGCGGAACUCUUUCUGGACACUCAUUUUGGAAAAACCGAUGUACAACUGGGAUACACAACAGGGCUAUGCAGCACAACCACACUGCUGGACAAAGAGAAAUGGGACAGGAUUCUCAGCAGGAAGAAGAGAAGAUCGGCUCCUGGAGAAGACAACCUGACGUACGAGAUGCUUCGGUGCUUACGCCCUGAGGUAACAGCAUGUAUCAUCAAGGAUAUAAACAACAUGUGGCAACGAGGGUGCUUGGAAGAUAGCUUGAAGAUCAUCAAAGUGGUCGCAAUCCCUAAACCAGGGCGAGAUCAAAAUACCCCGACUGGGAAAAGGCCGAUUUCACUUGUCCCAACGCUAACUAAGAUAGCCAAUACAGCUGUCUUGGAGCGUCUCGAAGAAAUACUUCACAGAGGAAGCGUACUCCCGGAGAACUCAUUCGGGUUUAGAAAGGGGUUGUCCACCAACACCUGCAUCUCCUUCGUUACAAACUGGGUCAAAGAAAGUAAACGUAACAACAUGGUGACGGCUCUAAUUUGCAUAGAUCUCUCUAACGCGUUCAACGCGGUUCGAACGGAUAGGUUAGAGGAGAUCCUGUCCAGCGUAGGCGUACCACAAGACAUGCUCAUGUGGAUCUCGAGUUUCCUAAGAAAUAGAACCAUCUUCCUACAAACUCGCGACAAAAAAAUCAGUAGGACGAUUAGCAAUGGGCUUCCCCAAGGGGACGUAUUGUCCCCCACACUUUUCAAUGUCUACACUCUAGAUUUGCACAGAAUCGAAAAGGAGGGAGUCGUUCUCGUGCAAUAUGCUGACGAUUUCGGCAUUUUGGUCAAAGCGAAGACAUUAGACAAGCUAAACGAGGCAGCACAGGAAUUUCUGAACGAGUUUUCCGAAAAAGCGACCUUCCUGAACUUGGAAAUAAACGCUGCUAAAACGAAAGCCAUACUUUUCCAAAACAACGACAAGGAGUUGGACAUCGGAAUCAAUGGGACGAAGAUUGAAACGGUGAGGAAUCAUCGCUAUUUGGGAAUCACGAUAGACCGCUACCUAAGUUUUGGAGUGCAUAUUAGAGAAGUUCGAGAAAAAGUCCAGCACAGACUCAACAUGGUGAAGAUCUUGAGCGGGACAAAAAGCGGAGCACAUCCGGAAAUGUUAGGUCGAAUAUACGUGGCACUAUGCAGAAGCGUUUUGGAAUACGGUUGCUCGGUGUAUAACAACGCGAAACCCACUAACCGGAGAAUAGUAUCAGUUAUAAACAACCAAUGCCUGCGGAAAAUCGUGGGGGCAACCAAAUCCACUCCGCUCAAUGCUCUAUCUGCGUUGAGUGGACAGGAGCCGUUGGAGUUCAGACAGGAGUACAUUACGAUUCGGGAAAUCGCUCGACAUUUCUCAAGGAACGAUGUGAUCGCAGAACAGCUACAAAAUGUAAUGCUACCGGAUGACCAUGACAAAUGGGACGCUUUCUCAUACCAGGAGCGGAUGUACUGGAUCAACAAGGAGCUCUUCAAAGCUAUCAGCCCAAUAGCGACAGCGGUUCAUAUUGAUGAAGUGGCAAUCGAACCUUACCUAGAAGGAUUGCAGUCAGCAAAGCAAGAUAACGACGCUAAGAAGCUUAAACAAAUGGCACUCUUUGUUAUGAAUGGUCGUAAUAAAGGAAGAGGGAGAAUUUUUACGGACGCCUCGAAAGAAGGAUCAGCCUGUGGAAUAGGAGUUUACGUCGAGAACACUAGGAGAAGAAUGAGCUACAAACUCGCAAUGGAAACCAGCGUUACAUCUGCAGAACUGAUCGCCAUUCAGUUAGCAACUAGCAUAGUGGAGGAGGAUCGUCUUCAAAACUAUGUAAUAUACACGGAUUCCAGAUCUGCUUGCCUCAUGCUUGCAAAUGCAAAGGACUCAAAGACGGACGAAGGUAUUUUGAUCGAAAUUCUGGUCAAAUGCCAAAGAUGGAACAUCGCCAUACAGUGGAUUCCCAGCCAUGUGUCGAUAAGCGGAAACGAGACAGCAGAUGCGCUAGCCAAGGCCGGCGCUGCUUCAGACGAAGUCUUAAGCCAUCCAAUCCAAUUAAAGGACGCCUUCCUGAACGCUAAAAACAUGCUUGAAAGACGAACGAAUCAAUGGUAUGCAGAAUAUUCAGCGGAAAAGGGAACGAAGUUCUAUACAGUGCAACCGAACUUCUACAACGCAGCUUGGUAUAAAAAGGUCGACAUGAAGGGCAGUGACGUGAAACUUAUUAAUCGUCUAAUGAUAAGCCACGACUAUUCGAAAUACUGGCUACACCGUAUGAAAAUCUCGGACGACGCGGAAUGUGAACUGUGUGGAGAACCAGAAACGUCAGAGCAUUUGGUGCUCCAUUGCCCUCGUUUCGGUAUAAUAAGAAUGCAGUUUUCGUUUGAUAACAAAUUCGCCAACCUCACCGAAUUGUUUAAAACUGGUAAAAAGGAGCUUUUCAAGGAAGUAGCGGAAUUCAUCAGAACGACCAAACUAGACCUCUAA